AUGUCAAGCCCGCUCUUCACACAAUCUUUUUUAGACGAGGACGAACUUAAACUCCGAUCUCAGAACCGCUCAGCGAGGGAGAGAAGAGGACAUAAGCAAAGAAUCCGUCGAAGUCGCGAGUCGGUUUCUGGGGGUGUUACCGGACCAGGCUCAGCCUCCUCCACCACUGCACCAAGAUCGUCCAUAGAGGCGGCCACACCAACAGAGCCGGGCCAGGAACCGACAACGCCCACAAGGGUCGUUCCUUGCACCCCUUCCUCCUCGGCAAGGUCUGAAGGCGACGAGUGGCACGAACAGAGACGCAAGGUCAAUAAAUCACCAGUCACUAUCGUUGUGAACAUCACGACAUCCGGCGAGCACGCGACCGAUACGCCGACAGCCAGAUCGAACUCCAGUUUUUACAUAAAGAUUCAGCUAGGCCCAACGAGUGAGGUGAGAUUGGAGGGGAGUGACUGGGCUGUGACUGGCAUCAACGUGGUCGGCGAAACUGGUUGUUGA